AUGGCCGAAUACGCACACUUAUCCAACAUCAACACUGAAUUUGCAGACGCCCUUGCAAAACUGCCUCCUGCUCCACCUGUUCUUUCAGAAGACUUGGCUAUUUGUCGAGAAAACUAUCCCACUAAAGUUAUUCCUGCUUGUCAUGCAUUGUUUGAGGGCUACAUGCCUCCAGAGUCCGCCUACAAAGUAACGGAUCGUCGUAUCGACGUCGACGGGGCGCAAUUGCUGGCUAGGUGUGUGGUACCGACACCGAAAACUGGGGAAGAUGGGAAGUUCCCUUUACUGUUCUGGAUUCACGGAGGGGGCUGGACUAUCGGUGGUGUUGAUUGGGAUGAUUAUAAGGUUCGGAAGUUGGCCGUAGACCAACGAAUCUCUGUUGUCAAUAUUGAUUACAGGUUGGCGCCAGAAAACCCUUUCCCAGCUGCUCCUAAUGACUGCCUGGCUGCUCUCAAAUACGUCGCGUCCAAUGAGGAAUCCUUCUCGGCAGAUUUAUCAAGAGGAUUCCUGAUUGGAGGUAUGUCGGCUGGAGGGAAUCUCACAGCAGUCACUACCCAUCAGUACCUCGACGAUCCUCUCUCCAAGAGUAAGCCACUCACCGGGCAGCUACUUGUGGCUCCCAUAAUCUGUCAUCCCAAGGCGUACCCCGAGGCGUACAAGUCCCAACUACUGUCGAUGGAGCAGAACAAGAAUGCCCCUAUCUUGAGCCGAAGUAUGAUGAAUGCUUUCUUAAACUGGUACCAGGGCAACCCAUCGGAUCCCCGAUUGUCCCCGUUACUUUUCCCGUCUCACAAGUUCAAGGUUCUUCCUCCCGCCUUCGUUCAAGUCUAUGGGAUGGACCCGUUAAGGGACGAUGGUCUGUUGUACGAGAAGGUAAUGAGAGAGAAUGGGGUUAAGACCAAACUUGAGAUAUAUCCCGGCGUACCCCACGCAUUUGAACUCGCCGCUCCCUCGACAAAGCUUUGCCGCAAGUUCGUCGAUGACUUUGAGAAAGGCGUGCAAUGGUUACUACAUGCUGUAUGA